AUGGCAGACAGUUUGGAGGAAUUGUAUGAAAAAUACAAUAUCUUGUCAGACGCCAAGGAAAAUAUUUCUAAGCAUGCAGAUGAUUACCUAUUUUGCUUCAAAGCAACAAAAGGCAAUGAAAAAGAGAAGAAGUUGUCCGCCCAGAUAAUUUCCAAGUUUUUCAAACAUUUUCCUAAUUUGCAAGGAUCAGCAAUAAAUGCUAUGAUGGAUCUCUGUGAGGAUGACGAACCUUCGAUUCGGAUCUGUGCUACAAAGGUAUUACCACUGCUAUGUAAAGAUACUAAAGAACAUCUCACCAAAGUUGCAAAUAUUCUGGUACAAUUAUAUCAACUUGAUGAACUUGAAUGCAAUACAGCAAGUAAUUCCUUGAUACAGCUAUUCAAAGAAGACCCAUUGAAAGUAGUUCAGUCAGUUAUCAAUGCUAUUAAUAAUGAUGAUUCUUCUCCUGAAGCAACUUUGGUUCGUGAACGAUGCAUACAAUUUUUGUAUAAGAAACUAAUCAAAAUAGAAGAUAAGUUAACACCAGAUAUACAUGAUUUGUUAUUAGAGGAAGGCAAGAAAAUCGUUCAGGAUUCAACUGCAACUGAAUUUUUGACAGUGAUGCCAUACCUCACGGCCUCAAAAUUAAACAAAACCAUUGUUGGCCAACAAGAGUUAGUGAACUUGAUUGCAGAAAGAGCAGAACUAGAUAAAGAUUUUGACCCUCAUGAUGAAGGGAGUCAGAAUGCUGACUGCAUAAUCAUGUGUGUUCAACAUGCAUUACCUAUUUUUAGCGCCAAUGUUGAAUCUACAAAAUUUCUGAAGUACUACUGUGACCAGAUACUGGGCCAUUGGGAUGACAUUGCCAAAAUAAACGAUGGGAAUCUCAUACAGUAUCAGUUUCUCAAACAACUUGCAGAACUCAGUAUGCACUGUGGUAAAUUGGACACUCCAUCAUGUUAUGUUGUUCAGAUAUUUGACAAACUGAAGAAAUACAUGCCUAUGCCCCCGGAAGAUGGCGACAUUGACAAAAUGCCCAACCUCGACUUCACUUCGGUAGAAUGCCUUCUGUACUCCUUCCACAGAUUGGCGAGGCAAUGUCCGGAUUUCCUGACCGCCGAUCCGGCAGUGCUGAAGGAUUUCCGGUCUCGCUUGACCUUCUUCUCGCGAGGCGUGGGAGGAUGCAAGAAAUCGCUGGAAAAGGUCCAGAUAAAGAGCAAAGACGACGAAAAGAUCAGAAUAGCGCCGGCCGUGUUGGAUAACAUCACCGCACUCAUCAAGGAUUUGUUCUAUACGACGCCAGUGUACAAGUGCAAUGUACAGUUGUCGUUCAAGUCUUUGGAUAGAAAAAAUAAGCUAACGACGGAGAGUACAUCAACUGCUACAAAGCGACAUGUUCCCAUACAGUUUGAUUCAAGUAAUGGAUCUUCAAACAAACAGAUACGAACUGGUGGUAAAGGCACCGAAAAUAAAUUGUAUACACCACCAAGUGGAAAAUUCAGCAGUAAUUUUCAGAAUUACGAUCGUGGCAGGGGUAGAGGAAGGGGAUGGCGAGGAACAAGAGGCAGAGGUAUGGGUAGAGGUAACUGGCGCAACUGAUAUUAAUUUUUCAUUGUUUUCUGUGUUCAACAAACUUGUUAUUUGA